UUUUCGGUUUUUUCAGAGUUAUGGCUUUUUCGUAGUGCUCGCAGCUGAUUUCUGGCCUGUUUGAAUGUGUCCGCAGUAGUGAAUAUGUCAGCGGAACGACCAGACCGUCCAUCGGGUUCUUUGGGCAUCACACUGCCGGACUGGAUGAAAAGGAAAGCACCUGAUAGAUACGCGUUCGACGACACCCCAUUUAGUCCCCCGUCACCAGCCGAUGAAUAUUUUCUCAUCAAGUAUCCUUUCGGGGCCGAGGCACCAAAAAAAUCGUCCUACGAAAAACUGAAUUCAGCGAGCGGUUUUGAGAAGAUUGGCAGUGCAGACGCAUUUGGUCCGGCGGGUAGUGAUACAGUUAAGCAGUCACAAGGUAGAAGUUGUACUGGCGGAAAAGAAGAAAAAGUUCGCCGAAAUUCAGCUGUCACAGUCUUGCCUAGUGGAGAAAUUGCUGUCAAGACAUACGCGCAGGCAGCGAAGAAAUCAUCUGAUCCUGGAACUUACUACAGCUCGGUCAGAUUAGAUGAUGUCGGGGGUGCAAAUUUCAGUGGGAUGAAUUUGUCGCCUGCAGCCGAAUCUUCUCUUCCGGAGGAUUCAUCAGAUACAGAAAGCGGCGCUACUGGCUCUGCGAUAUCCGCAGCAACUGGUUAUUUGCCAUGUGGCGGGAUAGCUUCGACUUUGCUAGGCUCCAUUGGUCAUAGUUUGGCUUCGGGUGCUCCAGUCCUCAAGGAUUACUUCCAUCACCAUGAAUUGUCAGAUGGAGAGACUUCUCCGGCAAAUGAGUCCGAUCGAGCUUUGGUACGUCGUCGGAGAAUUGGCGUUCCGACUUAUGGGGGAGUUACAAAUCCAUUUUUUACUGACGAUGGAUCGACGAUGAAAGUCUUUUCGGGACUGUAUCAAAAUUCGGAAAAUACUGGCCCAGUCGCAGAAGUCGACGACUUGAACAAGUCAUUGAAGAAAUACUCAGGUUCGGGCGAGCUAGGAUCGUCCAUUGCCGGCAAUCGUUCUUCAUCGGCAUAUGACAGUCAACACUUGGGAUUCUUGCAACAAGCUGGAGCAUCCGACAGUGAAAUGGAUAAUACUCCCCGCGUUGACAAAAACCAAAAGCGCCGUUGGGUUCCGAAACCGUCGAAGCAGCGCGAACUAAAUCUAUUUGCUCCUUGUUCGUCGUGAAUUUGCUGAAAAGAGUAAUCAAAAAGUAAAACUUGAAUACAUCAAACACUCCUUUCCUGGAUUGGAUUUUUUUCUUCUCUUUGAAUCUCAUGCAUAAGCGACAACGUUGAGAGAAUAGUUUUGUGAUGCCCCCGAAGUGUCAAGUUGGAGACUCCAUGUACUUCGAGUGAUUGUGACAUUUCGUAACCAUUCAGGAUGUUGAGUAACUGGCGAACUUUCCGUUGGUUGACAUGACGACCGCAGUUGAAUACUGGGUUCUUGGGUGUGGGAAACUUUCGCCCUGAAUUGGCGAAGACUUUUUUUUUCCCGCGCAAAUGUCGUAUGGUUGAACAUAUAAAUGUGACUGACGGCGAGCCAUAUUGGGUGGUGGGUGUUCGCUGGGAUUCGCGUCGAGAAAUGUUACGAAAGAUUUUGAAUUUAUUGGGUGGGGAGUGAUUCAGAUGUGACCGUGUGUGUAAGGUUGAGUCGACUAGACGACUCCUUAUGAACGCCCAUGUUGGCCAUAGUCAUGCUUCUUGAUGUGCUGGCGAUGGAAGUGCAAUUUUUUGGAUGCAAAA